AUGGCAAGUCCUACUAGCCCACCAAAGAAAUCUCUGUCAUCUUCUUCAUCGUCAGUCGGCCGUCCACCGGUGAAAUUCACUCGUCGAACAUCCAGCAGUCGUAUAGUGAGUUUAUCUCGAGACGAUGACUUGGAUACAUCAGGAGAUUUCUCUAGCCAAAAUGACUAUAUUAACUACACCGUCCUUAUGCCCCCUACCCCAGACAACCAACCAGGAGGGGCAUCUGGGCCUGCCUCAGACUCCAAACCAGAGGGCGCCACCUCAUAUGGGCCAAGCCGAUUUGGAAAUGAGUCGCGCGGAGGUGGUGGGGGAAGUGGUAACAACGGCAGCAAUGCAGGGGGGAUGGGAAACAAGCUGGAAAGAAGAUUGUCUGUGAUGAAAUCAGCCAAUAACAUGUCCAUGUUGUUGAGGAGCCAAACAGGGGAUUUCGAUCAUAAUCGUUGGUUGUUUGAGACAAAAGGUAAAUAUGGUAUUGGAAAUGCGUUUUGGUCGGAGGGAGGUGAUGGAUACGACAGUGGGGUGACCAUGUCUGAUUUUCUUGAUAAGCCAUGGAAGCCUUUAACUAGAAAGGUGAAGGUUCCGGCCGGUGUUCUCAGUCCUUACAGGUUAUUGAUCGCUAUCCGGUUGAUAGUUCUAGGAUUUUUUCUAUCAUGGAGAGUUCGAAACCCUAACGAGGAUGCAAUGGUGUUAUGGGGUUUAUCCAUAGUUUGUGAAAUCUGGUUUGCUUUCUCUUGGUUGCUUGAUAUUUUACCCAAGUUCAACCCAAUAAAUCGAGCUACUGAUCUCGGUGCUUUACGUGACAAGUUUGAGCAGGCUUCCCCCUCAAACCCAACCUGCCGUUCUGAUCUCCCUGGGGUUGAUGUGUUUGUCUCCACAGCUGAUCCAGACAAGGAACCUCCUCUUGUCACUGCAAAUACCAUUUUGUCAAUCCUUGCCGUUGACUACCCGGUGGAGAAGCUAUCAGCUUAUAUAUCCGAUGAUGGUGGUGCCAUUCUCACAUUUGAGGCCAUGGCGGAGGCUGUUCGCUUUGCUGAGAUUUGGGUUCCCUUUUGUCGAAAACAUGAAAUUGAACCCAGGAACCCGGACAGCUACUUUAACCUAAAAACAGACCCAACCAAGAACAAGAAAAGACCUGAUUUUGUCAAAGACCGACGUUGGAUUAAAAGAGAAUAUGAUGAGUUCAAGGUUAGAAUAAAUGGUUUACCUGAUGCAAUACGUAAGAGGAGUGAACAGUACAACUCCAAGGAGGAAGCGAAGGAAAAAAAGAUAGCAAGAGAGAAAAAUGGCGGCCAACUACCGCCCGAGGGAGUGCAAGUUCCCAAAGCGACAUGGAUGGCUGAUGGGACUCAUUGGCCAGGUACAUGGCUUAACCCAACAGCAGAUCACACUAAAGGAGAUCACGCUGGAAUCUUACAAAUUAUGAGCAAAGUUCCAGAAAAUGAUCCAGUUAUGGGAUACCCAGAUGAGAAAAGGUUGGAUUUCACUGGAGUUGAUAUUCGAGUUCCAAUGUUUGCUUACGUUUCCCGUGAGAAACGGCCUGGUUAUGACCAUAACAAGAAAGCUGGAGCCAUGAACGCUAUGGUUAGAGCUUCAGCAAUAUUAUCCAAUGGUCCAUUCAUACUCAAUCUAGACUGUGAUCAUUAUAUAUAUAACUCUAAAGCUAUAAGAGAAGGGAUGUGUUUCAUGAUGGACCGUGGCGGUGAUCGGAUAUGUUACAUCCAAUUCCCACAAAGAUUUGAAGGUAUUGAUCCAUCAGAUCGAUAUGCAAAUCAUAACACCGUCUUCUUUGAUGGAAACAUGCGAGCUCUUGAUGGUCUACAAGGGCCUGUAUACGUGGGAACAGGGUGUAUGUUCCGGCGAUAUGCACUCUAUGGCUUUAACCCACCGAGGGCAAAUGAAUAUCUAGGCAUGUUCGGACAAGUCAAGAGCAAAGUCCAUGUACGAGGUGGGUCUAGUACAGAGGAAGAUCUUGACUCGCAACCCUUAAAUCAACACCCUGAUUUGGGUCUCCCUAAAAUGUUUGGCAACUCAUCUGUUUUCACAGAUUCUAUAGCUGUUGCAGAGUUUCAAGGACGCCCACUUGCUGAUCAUAUUUCGAUCAAGAACGGACGACCUCCUGGUGCAUUGCUUGCUCCACGUCCGCCAUUAGAUGCUCCUACAGUAGCUGAAGCAAUUGCUGUAAUUUCGUGCUGGUAUGAAGACAAGACUGAGUGGGGAGAUAGAAUAGGAUGGAUUUAUGGGUCUGUUACAGAAGAUGUGGUGACAGGUUACCGGAUGCACAACCGUGGGUGGCGAUCAGUUUACUGCAUCACAAAACGUGAUGCAUUUCGUGGUACAGCGCCGAUUAAUCUUACAGACCGGCUGCACCAGGUCCUUCGGUGGGCAACUGGUUCAGUGGAGAUCUUCUUUUCUAAAAAUAAUGCGUUGCUUGCAAGUAAACGUCUUAAGUUUCUCCAACGCAUUGCUUACCUCAACGUGGGUAUCUACCCAUUUACCUCCAUAUUCUUGGUGGUUUAUUGUUUCCUUCCUGCCAUUUCUCUCUUCACCGGACAAUUCAUUGUCCAGGGGCUUGAUGUUGCCUUCCUUACUUACCUCCUCACCAUUACUGUCACACUCACUCUCAUCUCCCUCCUGGAAGUGAAAUGGUCUGGGAUUGGAUUAGAGGAAUGGUGGCGUAACGAGCAGUUUUGGGUGAUUGGUGGGACCAGUGCUCAUCUAACAGCAGUGAUUCAAGGCCUGCUUAAAGUCAUUGCUGGAAUUGAAAUUUCCUUCAAGCUCACAUCAAAGUCAGCAUCAGAAGAUGAUGAAGAUUUAUACGCAGAGUUGUACUUGGUGAAAUGGACGAGUCUGUUCAUAAUGCCAUUGACAAUCAUCGUGGUAAACCUUAUAGCCAUAGUUAUGGGUUGUGCAAGGAACUUGUACAGUGUGAUACCACAAUGGAGUAAAUUGAUGGGAGGUAUAUUCUUCAGCUUCUGGGUGUUGGCUCAUAUGUACCCUUUUGCAAAAGGGUUGAUGGGUAGAAGGGGAAGAGUACCUACAAUUGUUUACGUUUGGUCAGGCCUACUUUCCAUUACGCUAUCUUUACUGUGGAUAUCCAUUAGCCCUCCCGAUGAUACUUCCACCAGUUCUAGUGGAAAAAUACAAGUAUAUUCUUGA